AAAAUUUGGGCAUGCUCAUAUCUUUUCUUCAUCAUGAAGUACUCACUUUUAUUUUCACAUAUUUUGGUACUACAGGUGUUCGAUGUCACCCCAUUUAUGGAUGAGCAUCCAGGUGGUGAUGAAGUCUUGCUAGCAGUAACUGGGAAGGAUGCAACCAACGAUUUUGAAGAUGUAGGUCACAGCACCUCUGCUAAGGAGAUGAUGAGCAAGUAUUGCAUCGGGGACAUAGAUUCGUCAACUAUUCCAACUAAGCGCAUGUAUGUGCCACCACAACAAGCAUCCUACAGUGGUAAAGAAAAUUUUCUGUAA